AUGACGUGGAAACUGGAAAGAAGUUGAGAGAAACAUGAAAGGUAGGGAGCGUGGAAGAUCUCAAUUAUCGAAUGAGAAGAAAGAAAGUAAAGUUGGCGCCGAUUUGCGAUCAUGAAAGAAAACGAAAUCAAUAGAACUGAAUCAAUUUGUAGAAGAAAUGGAAACCGAGGAAGAAACCACCACCACCCCCACCACCAACGGAGGCGUUAAGUUAGGAAUGUGGGAAACUAUCCUCCGUAAUCACCACAACUCUUUGAAAUCUCUCUUCCAUCUUAAAAAACCCGAUUCCAUCAUCACCGAUCACUCCUCCGUCAAUUCCCCCAAACCUAUUCCUCAACUCUCUCCCAUCGCCAACGAAGUCGUCUCCACCUCUUCCAAGAUUCUUGGAGUGUCUACAAAUGAAUUACAACACGCGUUUGAUUCCGAACUUCCUCUUGGAGUGAAAGAGCUUUUAACAUACGCUAGACACCUUGUUGAAUUUUGUUCGUUUAAAGCUAUUCAGAAAUUGAGUAGAACUUCUGAUUAUUUGAGUGAUUCUGAGUUUCGUCGUUUCACGUUUGAUGUUAUGCUUGCUUGGGAAGCUCCUAGUGUUCAUGCUGAUCAACUCGUAACGGAAUCUCCUACUAGUAAUGAUGAAACUGUUGGUGAUGAGGAUGAUGCUUCAUUGUUUUAUUCUAGUUCCACAAAUAUGGCAGUUCAGGUUGAUGAUAAGAAGACAGUUGGUCUUGAGGCCUUCUCACGUAUAGCUCCUGUUUGUAUUCUUAUUGCUGAUAUAAUAACUGUCCACAAUCUUUUCGAUGCGCUCACCAAUUCUUCCGGACGUAGACUCCACUUUCUUGUUUAUGAUAAAUACAUAAGAUCCCUUGAUAAGGUUAUCAGGAAUUCUAAAAAUGUUCUGGCCAGUUCUGUUGGAAAUCUUCAACUUGCUGAAGAAGAGAUAGUACUGGAUGUUGAUGGCAUAAUUCCGACUCAACCAGUUCUUCAACAUAUUGGAAUUGCCGCAUGGCCUGGGCGUUUGACCCUGACCAAUUAUGCUCUGUACUUUGAGUCACUUGGCGUUGGUGUGCAUGAGAAAGCUAUUCGGUAUGAUCUGGGCGCAGACAUGAAACAGGUCAUAAAGCCUGAAUUGACUGGACCCCUUGGUGCUCGUCUAUUUGAUAAAGCUGUGAUGUACAAGUCAACUUCUGUAGCAGAGCCUGUUUACUUUGAAUUCCCUGAAUUUAAAGCGAACUUGCGACGUGACUACUGGUUGGACAUAAGUCUUGAGAUACUACGUGCACACAGAUUUGUCAGGAAGUUCGGCCUUAAAGAUACACAGAAAUUAGAAGUACUUGCCAGGGCUAAUUUAGGCAUCUUCCGCUAUCGCGCACUCAAAGAAGCUUUCAAAUUUUUUUCAUCCAACUAUAAAACAUUACUUACUUUUAACCUAGCUGAAACUCUACCUCGGGGAGAUAGGAUCUUGCAAACCCUGUCAAACAGCUUAACGAAUUCAACUGCUGCUUCUGGUAAACGUGAUAUUUCUGCAAAUGUAGAAAGAAAAAAGCAAUCAGCAGUGUCUCCUGCAGCAGUAGUGGCACUCUUCUGUCUUGGAUUCAAAUCAAAAAAGGCGGCUGAUAUCUAUGAAGAAACAACUGCUGUUUGUGAUAUCCGAGUUGGUGAGAUAAAUCCCUUGGACAUGGCAGUAAAACAAUCCCUUCUGGACACUGGAAAAGCAGAAGCUGCACAGGCAACUGUGGACCAAGUGAAGGUGGAGGGGAUCGAUACAAAUGUUGCAGUUAUGAAGGAACUACUAUUCCCAGUCAUCGAAUCUGCUAACCGACUACAACUUUUAGCCUCGUGGAAAGACUUCUAUAGAUCAACAGCAUUUUUGAUACUCGGCUGUUUUGUGAUUAUAAGGGGGUGGAUCCAGUACUUAUUGCCGACCAUUUUUCUGUUCAUUGCAAUCAUUAUGCUCUGGCGUAGACAUUUCAGAAAGGGAGGAGCAUUAGAACCCUUCACAGUAAGACCUCCCCCAAAUCGAAAUGCAGUAGAGCAACUACUGACAUUGCAAGAAGCCAUUACACAGUUUGAAUCACUUAUUCAAGCUGGAAAUAUUGCGCUACUAAAAAUAAGAGCUCUUCUACUGGCUAUAUUACCACAGGCUACAGAGACAGUUGCCCUAUUUCUAGUUUUCAUAGCUGCAGUGUUUGCUUUUGUUCCUCCAAAGUACAUAUUAUUGGUGAUAUUCAUCGAGUGUUACACAAGGGAGAUGCCAUGUAGGAGAGAAAGUAGCAAAAGAUGGAUAAGGCGGUUUAGAGAAUGGUGGAUCAGAAUACCUGCUGCUCCUGUUGAACUCGUUAAGCCUGAAGAGUGCAAGAAAAGAAAAUGAUAAUGGGUUACUCGAUACUUCCAAAGGUUCACAAUAUUUUCGGUGCAACCAUUACCAAUAUUCUGAUUUUUUAUUUUUUUUAAUUCUUUUGUCUAUUGAUUCAUUUUGUUUUUGGCAUUAAGUUGUAUAUUCUCUUGCCUCUUUUGUAUUUCCCCCCAUUCAAUAUCAAACCCGAGGUAACUUGAGAGUUGAAAAGUCUUGAUCCGUGUCAUGGAGUUUCCUUUCAACAUGCAUUGCUUUCUAAAUCUUAAGGUAAUAGACGGAAUCAUGGUGUUACAAA